CAUCCAAACAUCUUUUCUUCAACACCCUCCCUGCCCUUUCUAUGUAGCCUCUUACGAGAGGUUUGAAAAUUGCUGCUGCUGCUGGGUGGUUCUUUGCUGCUUUUGCCAUGCAUCCUAAAUCAUCAGACAAGCUGACAAUGGAACAAUCAUUUCAGCUUUUCCACCGAAAACCUCCUACUGUGACAUCCUCUCCCAGAGAAGUUCGCUUGUGGAUAGAAGGAUUGAAUCACAGUUUUCAGGAAUACGGAGAAAAGUUUGAAAGAGCAAGAAUCAAUGGGGAGAGACUUUUCAACAUUACUGAAAAAAAUCUUCAUGAAAUUGGAAUAGUCCAGACUGACGACAAGAAUAUAAUAUUAGAAGCAGUUGCUUCUCUUUGUGAAAAGAACAAAAUUGAAGAACAUACUACACAAGAAGAAGGUCAGAAUAACAAAAAGAUGUCUACCAGAUUCAGAAAACAGAGUGAAGAUCUUGAGCAUGCUAUUGACCGUGUUCUAGUCAUGAUAUCGGAAAGAAGAAGGGCGCGUAGUCUACAUGGCAUUAAUGAACAACCAGCUCAUAGCAUUAAUACAGCUACUCUUGAACUGAUUAAUAUGGUCAAGAUGAUACUAAACAUUCUGGAAAGGCUUCCAUUUGAUUGUGUGUCAGAAUUUUCACGUCUGAAAAAUCAUCUCAUUAAACAUAACAAAUUAUUGAAACAUUUCACUGAACAGUCUGAUCUUAGCAAUGAGAUGGAAUCUGAAAUGAUAGAUGUGUGCAAGAGUAUAACCAAAAUCUGUCAAUACAUAAUUGCUUUGCCGCCUGAUAUUCCAAGACCAGAAACAGAACUUCGAGACUUUGCUGCCACUGAAGAGAGGCCACCUAAGGUGCAAGUGCCAGUUACAGUUAAACCUGAAGUGAUGAGUUUUCCAGUGCAACCUGAACCAGAUAAUACGCCACCAACUCAGCAUUCAUCAAUGGUAAUAGCUACAACUAGUUCAUCAAGAGAACUUACAUUUACCUUUCAAGAUAUGUACCUUCAAAAUGAGAGAGCAUCUGAAAGAUCUGAGUUUCUCUCUUUAGAAAGACUCAGCACUCCAAGUAAUAAAAGAAAACUUGAGCUACAGCAUGAUGAUGAAAAUAAAUCUGAAACAGAAGUUUCUCAUACAAAAGGUUCUAAAAUUUCAGCUAGUUCCUUUGAAUUUAAAAGUCUCCAAGACCUAACAAUUAUUGAAAGUGACACCCCACCUAUGGACUCUGGCUCUGAAAAAUGUUUCAUUGAUUCUGACUCCGAUAGAGGCAUUGAUUCAGACUCUGGCUUAGAACAAUACUCGAAAGAGUUGAACUCAAUAAUAUGGGGAAUGAGUGAAGGCAUUAGAAAAUGUCUGAGUGUCUCAGACUCUGUCAAGCAGCUUCCAGAAGGAGAAAAACCCCAGACAGCUUCAGGCUCUGCUGAACAAGUUGUAGAGUUGAAACAAUACCUUGUGAGAGUUGAGCAAUGUCAAGGGGACUCUGACUCUCUGAAAUAUUGGGGAGACUCAGAUUCAGAUAAAGGCUUAGAAGACUCUGACUCUGACAGAUAUCUAAUGAACUCGGAUAAUGAAAGACCUGAAACGGAGUCUAACUCAGAAAAAAAUCCCAUGGCCUUGGCGUUUGUGAAACACUCAACAAAGGCAGAAAAACGCCAAAUGGCCUCAGAUUCUAUAAAACGCAUGAUUGAAUCUGAAAGCAAAUUGGUAGAGACCGUUAAUAUCUGGAAUAUCCCCGAUUCUGAGAGAUAUGUGAUAGACACAGAAAGAAUGGAUUCAGCUUCUGAUUCUGGAAUACAAUGCACAACUGAAGAAAAAGAUCAACAGACUGUAUCUAAUAGAUACAUGAUGGGCUCUGACUCUGUGCCCCAUAGAACAGGCUCAGAAAACUUUGGUCUAACCUCAACAGCUGUGAAAUGUCUCCUGGAUACUAAAACAUAUGAAUUGAGCACAGAGAGUGAGGGACUCUGGAUCGAUAACGGGUCUGAAGGAAGUUCAAUGGAAUUAGAAACUCGAAGCCAAAAGAUAGCCUCUGAUAUUGUGAAGGACAUAAUAAAGGAAGAAGAUUUCCAGAAGAUCUCAGGUUUUGACGAAUUCUCCCGGGACCUCAGAUAUGAAUCUGAAAGAUAUUGGAUGGACUGUGAAACAGAACCCCUGCUCGUUGACAGUGGCAGCUUCGGAACACUACAGCAUAAGUCUGCAAGACCCGAGGAUAGCGCUGGAAGAUGUCAGGAUGACAUUCAAAAACAUCUAGAUAGCUUUGAAGGCCAUCCAGCAGACUCUCAUUCCAAAAAACAGCGAGCAGAUUCUGAAAUAAAAGGACCUCAGAAGAAGUCUGAAAGUGAACAACACCUGAUGGCGGUGCAGAAAGAACCGUGGCAUCUGCAAUUUCAAAGAACACGACUUGAAACUAUUCAAGAGGAAGAAAGCCCUUCCACAGAAUCUGACAGUGAAAAAGAGUGCACUGCUGCAACUCUCAGUGAAAGAGACCACCUUGACUCAGAAAAUGAAGCGCACCGUCUUGGUGCUCGCAAAAAGGAUAAUCGUCCUGAAGGAUUUUGGAGACCUAUUUCCAUUCCUCUUUCAUGCAGACCUAGAAAGGAAGCUGAAGAUCGCUCUGUGCAACGAACGGAUAGCAAAGUUUCCAGAAGUCAACUUGUGAGCUACCUGAGUGGUGAAAAAAUCACGAGGGCCAAAGAAACUUCUCCAACUGUUAAUGACAAACAAAAAGAACAAAACCCUCAGCAAAGUCACAUCCCUUAUCCAGAUCCAUUAACAUUGAAGGAUACCACACAUCACGGAAAUGCCAGCUGCAAAAUUUCCGUCUUUAAGAGCAACUGUAAGGACGAUAGAUACACACACAUUUUUCAGAGUUCUGCUUCUUCAUUGAAUACUAUUCCUCUUUUAAGUACUGAAGCUUAUACUUCUGAUAUUGCAAUGCCUGAAUGUCAUUCAAUGUCCAUAAGCCCUAGGUCUGUUUUACAAUCCACAACUGAAAGAAAUAACAUGAAGUCUUUGGGUAUGAGCACUCAAAUAUGUCUCAGAUGUUACAUGGAAAUCAGUGACUCUUACCAUAAGUGCCUUAUGGAUUCUGAUGAUGACAAUUCUGACCGUCAUUUACAUUGCAACAGCCCUGUAUCACCACCUCCAGAUCCUGAGCUUCCUGUGGACUUUUUCUGUUCUCUACAAGAGGGAGAUUAUAUGUAUUCUCUGGAUUUAACUUCUCGUUUCCAUUCUGAAAGUGUCUCAGCUACACAAAACCUCAUGAGCUCUGCCAUUAUCCAGCUGUCUCACAUGAACCGCCCAGAUACCAUGGACUGCCGUAAUAUUCCUGAUCUAGACAGUAUCAUCAAUACUGGCAGUAUGAUAGGCCUUGAAAAUGAGGGCAAGUCUAACCUUGCUGGAAAAUCCCCAAAUGAGUCCAUUCCUGAUGAUAGUAAACUUGUCAGUGAUGAAAACCUCAAAGAUAAGGAUAAUACCAAAAGGAAAUCUGCUUCCAAAAGUCAGACAGAGCAUGAUGAUGAUACAGACUCUGAGAAUAAGACAGAGGAGGAAGAAGAAACAGAUCCUGAAAAUGAAGACAAUGAUGAAAAUAAGAAGGAUCCCAAAGAUAAGUCUGAUCCUGAUAACUCAGAUCCCAAAGAUAGGGAUGGUGGAAAUGAUACCAACGGUGGAUCUGAUUCCAGGGAUGAUGCUGGCCCUACACAUGAAUCUGAUUCCAGCAGUGAUGGUGACCCUAACAAUGGAACUGAUCCCGAUAACGAAUCUGAUUCUAACAUUGAUAAUACCGGCAAUAAUAAUGGUAACUCCAAAUAUAGCACUGAUGCUGAAGAGGACAGAAACACCAAUUCAGAUCUUGACUGUGGCCUAAAUAAUGUAAUUGAUCAUGAUGGUACUGCCAACUGUAAUGAUGGCACUAAUCCAAAGUGCUCCUUUGGACCUCAAAAUGGAACUGACAAGGACUGCUCUCCCUAUCUCAACAGUAAUACUGGCCCUAGCACUUUGACAGCCAGUGAAUUUUUUUGCAUUAUUGGCUCUUGGUCCCAGAAUUUCAGAUUUAUUCUCAAUAGCCUUGAUCCCAGCAACGCUGGCGUUGGCUCCAAUAACAGCCCUGGCCCCCAAAAAGACCUUGACUCUAACUAUAAUGCUUGGUUUCAUAAUGCUGCUAAUAGUAGUGUCGUUAACCAUAGCAUCAAUCCUGACUUUUAUUAUAUCAUCAAUCCUGACUUCAAAGAUGGCACAAGACCCACCAAUGCUGUUGGCCACAAGAGGGCAGUUGUCCUGGACUCUAACUCAGAUGUUGACUAUGUCCCAGAAUCUACACAAGCAGUAGGUUCUAGCUAUGUCUUCAACCAGAUCUAUAUUUCUAGAAAUAAUUUGAGUUUCACAGCUGUCAAUGCUGAUGCCGCUAACACCAGCAACACCACUAGUUACAGUGGUGCUUUUAUCCAUAGUGAUGCUGCGAUUUAUGCUAUAGACACUAACCAUAUACAUAAAUACACUCAUUUCAUUUUCUUCAUCUUUGUCAUCAACAAUUAUAAUGAUAUAAAUACUCAUAAUGCUUAUACUUUUACUGAUACAACCAAUUUAGAAAUCAACUGUAGUUCCUCUAUUUCUAUUUUUUUUGAGGCAAACUCUCAUACCUUUUGCACUACCACUAACUAUGCUUCCACCUCCAAUACUUUCACAAUCUUUCAAUUUCCUGAUACAUCAAAUUACACAAUUUUUGUUGACCACAAAUUUUGUGCUCAACCGAGACACUCAGUUGGUUCCAUGGAUUCUGCUAGCUUUAAGCAUACCGCUAGAUCCAAAGUUGUCCUUGAUGCCAAGGAAUCUGGCAUUUUUACAGAUAUCUCUGAGAUCCAGAAUUCCACUGGUAUCAAGGAUCUUACCAUUUUAAAGAUUCAUGCCAUUCUGAAUUUUCGACUCCCUAGUUUUGACUUUAUAGUGGACGCUGAAUCAGCAGAUGUUGUGAAGUUUGCCAUGCCAUCAGGUGCUGUGAAUCUUUUUAAGUGGAAGAUCUGUUCUGUAGGGGUUUUUCAUCUAAGAUCUGAAAAAACUACAUGCUAUCUAAAGAUAAAGGCAACAUGCUCAAGCUCAACCUCCAGACAGGUAGCAGAGAAAACCUUGUCGCUUGAAAACAACCGUGGUGGUUUGAGAACUGACAGGGAAUCUCUGGCAAGACCCAUGGAAGAAAAAAAUGGAAGAAUUUCUGAGGGACGUGUCUGGAGAUCAGCAGAUCCACCUACUCGAAGACCUGAAGGAGGACUUCCUGUGAGACCCAUAAGGGGCCGAGCUGUGAGUCCCGAAAGAAGACAAGCUGACAGACACGCAAGAGGCCGUCUCAUAAGUCCUUUGAGGAGAAUUGCUGUGAGCCCCUCACCAGGCCGUGCUGUGAGUCCUGCAGGACAGGCUGAGAGACAGUCAAGGGGACGUAAAAGAGAAAAUGCCGUGACUAAGAAUCAUUCACAAGGCCAUAGCGUGAAUCCUGCUGGAAAACCUGCUAGCACUCCUGCAACAGGACGUGCUCAGAUGUCGGCUAGGGCAAGUACAGUGAGUCCCAUCAGGGCCCGAGCUGUGAGCCCUCCAAGAGGAAGACAAGCGAGGCACCAGACUGUGAGUCCUGCAAGGAGACAUGCGGGAUUUGUUGUGGGACUGGCAAGGAGACCUCCCCUGCAAGAAGUCAUUCUGGGAGCUGCAGUGGGGCUUACAGUGAAAUCAGCAGAAGGAUACGAUGAAGAAGUGUCUAAAUCAUCAAAGCAAUCUAAGAAGUCUGCUGCUGUUUUUUUCAUGAAGCCAAAAAUCCAAAACUGGCUCGAUUUUUCUAUGUUCAGAAGGGUCUUGAUCUCAUUUUUCUCUGAGGAAGACCAGUAUGUUUGGUCUAGAACUCAGUUUUGUGCAGUGGCAUGUACUGAACUGGGCCAUGGGAUAUGCGAGGGAUGGCUUUAAAAAAGAGAGUCUAGAGGAAUCUCCUUUUUUAAUUGGAAAAGAUACUGGUUUAUAUUGAAACAAUCAACUCUCUACUGGUACUCACACCUCAGUGAUACCAAGGCAGAUGGCUUUAUCCAUCUACCUGAGUUCCGAAUUGACCUGGCUCCUAAUAGCAGAAGAAACCACACAUUUCAAGCCACUCAUGCAAAAGUCAAGAAUUUCUAUUUUGCUGCUGAGUACUCAGAUGAGAUGAAUUACUGGGUUGGACAAAUGUUACAGUUAGCCUAUGGUUCCUCCUUUGGAGACUCAGCAGAUAAUGCAGAGUACCAGCAUAUUGGUGCCAUGAUUUAUGCGAAAUGUGUUUUGGCCCUGAAAAGAGAGUUUCCUAUAAUUUGGUGUAACAAUUGCUAUGAAGCAGCUACCAUUGUUUCUAUCAAUCCAAACUUCCCAUUCAGACGUGCUCAAAACAUGUCUGAUGAGUUCAUCUAUUUUCGGCCUAUUGAUGCGGACAUUCGGGAAGAGGCCAGAAGACAAAAACAACAGAAAUCAGCUAAGGCCUCCAGUCAACAAGCUCGUGAAGGUAUCCUUCCAAGGGACCUGGGGAUUAUCAGAGAGGUGGUGAUGGUUACCACCACCCCACCCACUAAGGAGUUAGAGUGCAUUGCCCUUGUAAGACCAAAAACUUCAGGGCUUCUUCGCCUAGAGAAAAUUCCAAUUAAAUCUCCAGGGGUCCUAGAAUCUCUUCGCUUAGACGUUACAGGAAUUGUCAGUCCAGAUGAAAGGGGGAAAGGCACCGCAAUGCUUGUUGCUGGUGUGCCUGGCAAGGAGGAGCUAGAUGAUACAGAAAUUCCAACUUUGAAUUUCACUGGGUUUAUACACCUGGAGGCUUUAAUAAAUAAAUGUUCACCAUCCUCAGAAUACAGUAACCCAGGAACCCCAAGAAAUCUGUGGCUGGAAUCUCCCGAAAAUGCAGAAUCCCCAGGAAGUGAUGACCUAGAAGUAGCAAGAAGCAUGUAUCCUCUCAGAGAAAGAUCCAUCUUCCGGCGUUCCUGGGCAGAGCUUUUAGAAGCACCACUGAACAGUGAAGGGCUCCAUAUUCUCCAAACCAAUUCCACAGAAGAGGCCAGGGAGAAUGGUCAACUUCAUCUUCCAGCAGCAGAGAAGAGUCAAGCAACCACUCCUCCCAGGGGUCGUCAUUCCCGGGCUUUGGAAGGCCCUUUCCCAUUGCUGCCCCAGCAGCCCAAGCUCCGGCGGCAGCGAAGUCAAAGUUUGCCAAGAUACUAUGAUGCCAGCAGCCGAAACCGAAAUACAACUGAGUUAACACUGAAUCCACAGGAGACACGCUUCUUUUUCCCAAGUGAUCAUAAUUUGCUCAAAAGAGAAAAUGCAAAGCAAAAGAAGAGCAUUGAAGAAGCUUGGCAAAAGGGCAUUUUGUCAGGUUCCAGCGAGCAUCCUCCUGUCAAUCCAAGCUUUGAGAAUUCUGCAAAGUGCAAUAAGAUUGGAAUUAGCGGAGACAGAGUUGGACUUCACAGUGGCAGUACUGGAAUUUCCAGCAAUACUUUUGGUGUCCCAAUGGUUAAUGUCGGAAUUCCUAAGGGAAAUAUUGGAGUUUCUGUGAAUAAUGUUGGGAUCCCCACAGAUUUUCCUGGAGUUCCUAGGGGCAAUGGUGGCGUUUCUUUGGGUAAUUCUCAAGUCUUCAGAGGUAAUGAUGGAGUUACUAGGAGGAGUGGCACUGAAUUUCCUGGAUAUAAUGUGGAAACUUUCAGAAAUAGGGUUGGAACAUCCAGACGUAUUGUCUCCUCUCCACUUACUGAACUCUUAAAGAUAGGUGAACACCAAUUAUAA